AUGAUGGAGGGAAAAUGUCAAGACUCGGUAAUCCAGGAGCUUAUGAACAAGUGCCAUAUCUAUCAGUUUGAAGAAGGAAACUCUCGAAAAGCAAGAGAGACUUUGGAGACAGUGUUGGAGAUACAAACGGAAGACCUAGGUGAAGAUGAUAUUGCUGUGGCUAAGACACUGAUGUACAUUGGGUCCAUUCUAAGGGAGGAAGGAGAUUUCAAUGAAGCCUUUGAGAAACUCAACAGAUCACUUGCGAUACGUGUGAAAAAAUUGGGAAGACAUUGUGAUACUGCCGAUUCCUACGAGGAAAUUGGCAUUACCUUUCAGAGACAAGGCGAACAUGAACAAGCCAAAGAAAUGUUCCGCGAAGCUCUAGAUAUCAAGCGCGAAAUUCUUCCAAAUGAUCAUAUUGAAGUGACGGGACUUUACGAACGUGAAGCGCUCUCAUUGAGUAACCAAGGCAAGUUUUCAGAAGCAAUCAAGGUAUACAAAGUCCAACUUGCGGCGAUACUACAAAUUCAUGGAGAGUUUCACCCCAGCGUUGCACACUUAUAUCAAGGCAUUGCAAUGCUACUGAAACUUCAAAAUAGGUUGGACGAUGCUGUUCAGUUGCUUGAUAAAUCCAUCGAAAUUUCCAGUCGCUUACAACGGGUGGGAGACUUCGACAUGAAGGUAUUGGGCUCAAUAUUCCGCCAUAAAGCAAAAAUACAGAAUCAACAGGGCAACCUCGAAGGUGCCACAGAGACGUGGAACAAAGUGCUAAUGAUUCGAAUUGAAACGGUGGGUGAAAUGCACCCCAAAACAGCCGAAACCUAUGAAGAACUCGCACUAGUAUAUAUCCGACAAGACAUCAUAGAAGGUGCCAUCGAGUCGUAUGCGAAAGCCAUUAAUAUUCGUCGAAAGGAGCUUGGCGAUGACCAUUCCAACACAAAAGAGCUUGUGCUUAACCGAGAACUGUUACAGCGGGAGAAAUAUCAGAGAAUACUGAGAAAUCAAGGAUUGGCAAUGCAAACGGAAGGCGAUUCUGAAAAGGCGGAACAACUCUUCCAAGAGGCGAACGAAAUUUUGAAGGAAAAGGCAGCAAUCUUCGAGAAUCUUUCGGCUGUCAAAGUUGACCAGGGAAUGCUGGACGAUGCCAUAGCCACGAGUGCAGAAGCUCUCAAAAUUCGUCGAAGAACGCUGGGUGACGAAGAUGCUGGCACGAGGCUACGUACGGAAGCGCAUAGGUCAUUGUUGAAACGUCUCUUGGAGAAUCGGAGCUAA